UAACGAAUUCCCCAAAGAACAACAGAUAAAAUUGAUAUGAAUUACAAGUCGUUCAAUUGAUUUAUUUUUAAUAAGUAAAAGUAUUUAUAAUUUUCUAUUUUUUAAUCGAAAUAAUAACUCGUAUGUUAUUCGAUAGUCGAAUAAUUCGAUACGAUACAACGCCACAAGUUUGCAAAAAAAAAAGUAUCAAGUGGUGAACAUGAUACCGUCUUGCCGCCAAUUCGUGCUUAUUUAGUAUCGAUAUAUAUAUUAUACAUUUAUAUAUAUCUGUAAACUUAAUUAACAAUCUUAUGUUUCCAACAGUUAACAUAAUAUUAUUCGUUAAACAUAAAUUUUUUUCAGUUUUUCCAAGUAAAUAAAAACCGGAAAAAUGCCAAGUCAAACGUGUUUGGUUUGUGCAACAAACGAAGGGAUAUUUCUCAAUAUCUUUACCCACGAUAAGAAUCUACGGAAUAAUAUUGAAACAUGUUUAUCUAUAAAGUUAUAUAAAUCAAAAGUUUUGUCACAACUAAUAUGCCAUAAGUGUGCCUUCGAGUUUGACAAAUGUAGUAACUUUGUUGAAAAAUACAAAACAACAUCUCGUGAACGGCAAAGUACUUCACAUCGACAACGCAUUCGUCAUUGUAGCCUCUGUUUGGAGCCCGGUAAACCUGGUUAUAUACACAAUCUUCAUGUUGAAAAAUCAAGUAAUGCAUUGAAUAAAAUCAAAGAUAUUUUUCAAGAUAAUACUGCUUUAAAAAUCAACACAGCAAUUUGUUUGGAAUGCCGUUACAAUCUUGAUGUACUGAGUGAUUUGAUAAAAAUUUAUAAAGUAACCUCAUCAAGUUUUCAAGAUGUCUUCGAUAGUCCAAAACAUUCACAAGUUCCAGAGAUUGAAACAGUUGUUGUGAAACGUAAAACAACUCGUAUACAGUUGUCAAAAAUACAAUCUACUUCAAAAAAUAACCUUGAUUCUCCAACAGUGACACGAAAUGAAAGCAAAGCCAACCAUUGUUUAUCACUAAGCCCAAAACCUCGAAAAACCACUUCAAAAGAUAAAUUAUUCAACUCGAUAAACAGCAGUAAUGACACGAAACAAUGUAGUGUUUUUUUAGAAGACAUAUUACCAACUUCAAAAGACAUAAGACACAAUGAUGAUUUAAAAUUUAAAGUUGAAGCGUAUGUAUCAUUGCUUUCCAAUGAUUCUGGUUCCGAACAAAACGGUAACCCAUCACCUAGAAAAACUCGAAAGUUAUCAAAAAGACCACACACUGAAUCUGAGAAUAAAGAUAUUCAGAACAAAAAAAUAAAAAAAGAAGUUGAUACAGAAGAAUUACCAAAAAAACGUACACGCACUCUUGUUAAAAUACCUGAUUAUUGUGAAUUAAUAAAACCAACAAUUAAACGUCGUAUAUCUGAAACGUCAAUGUCCGAUGCACCCAUUGAAAAAAGAGGUAGACCAAGAAAAUAUUUUAAAUCAGAUUCACCAGACAAUAAAAAAACACCGAAAAGUAAAUCCAAAUCAUCUGUUAAAAAAUUAAAUGAUGGAAAUUUUGAUAGCGAUGAAAAUAAUGAAGAAAUUCCAGUUACACGAAUACGAGAUAAAUCAAUUCCAUCACCAUCAACAUCCCGUGCCAAAAAGUCGUUGCGAAAAAUAUCAGAUAAUAUAAAUAAUAUUGAUGAUGAAUUCAAGAAUAAUCAUGGAAGCGGUAUGAAACCUUACACUUGUUCUGUUUGUUUGAUUGUUUAUGAAAAUAAAGUUGAAGGUUUAACACAUGAAUUGACACAUUCUAAAAAGCUUGGUGUUAUUUUGGAAAAAGUUUUAAUUCCAAAAACAAUUGAUAAAAAAUCCAAAACAUAUGAUGAAGAAAUAAAUGAAAAAAAAAAACAAUAUGUUAGUUUAAAAAAUUUAUCUAAAUCGAAUUCAAUUGCGAAUGACCAAAAUGAAAGUGAAAUGGCAAUAGAAAAGUUGGAUGAAAAAAUUGAUUCCGUUGAUGAAGAAGCAUCGACUUUGCUUGAUGACGGCACAAUAAUUGAAAAAUCAACUGAAAAAGAUGACAAUGAUAUUUCAAAAAGUUUAGUACAACGAAAAGAACUUACAGUUAUCAAUCAUGUUUCGGUAAUUGAAGAUAAAGCUCAAAAUAAUGAGAUUCGAAAAAGUGAUGUCAUUGUUAAUGAAAUCGUUCAAAAUAAAGAUUAUAGUUUUAAUGAUAAAGAAGAAAUGUCAAUCAAAAAAAUUACUGAAAAUGUAGGUGAAAAAAUAAUGAUUGAAAUAGAAGUAACUGACACCAGAAAUGUUGAAGCGCAAAUGGAAAAAAUUCAUGAAGAAAACGCUGAAAAUAGAAAAGCCGAAAAAAAAUUGAAUGAUGAUAAUUCUGUAAAUUUUGAUAUAUCACGGUUGUCAAAACCAUCAGAGUUAAUAACAAAACGGGCUGAUACCAACUCUGUUGAGUUAUCAGUAGAAAAAGCUGAUGAAAAUUUGUCAAUAAUAGAAACUGAUCAAAAAAUCCAAAAUAACAAUAAACACAUAUUAACUCUAGAGGAUACUUCUCUUGAACAAAUCGCUUUUCGUGAGCAAGGUGAAAACGAAUCAGUUGAAAAUAAUCACAAUUCCAGCAUAAAUAACACUGAAAAUUCACAUACCGAAGUGACUGUCCAAAUAAAUAAUUCUCCAAUUUUCAAUGACAUUGAAUUAAAACAAACAAUAACGAUACCUAAAUUUGAUGAAGUAAACAGCAAUACCGAUCAUAAAAAGACAAUCGAAGAUAAAUUGCUUGAUAAAAAAGUAAAAACUUCAGAUGAAAAUCAUUUGAAAACAAAUGUCGAAAAGUGUCAAGAAGAUCAAAUUGAUUCUAACAAUGACAAAAUGGUAAUGAUCGCCGAUAUUCGUGACAAUAAACUUAUGUUGCCCAAAAAAAGUUCAAUAUAUCAAGAUAUAUCUGAUGAUGAAAAUUCAUCUAAUGAUGUUCAAAUAAAUACUGAUAAAUCCAGAUUGACUUAAUCAAAUUAAUUAAUUAAUUUAUCAGAAUUUUAAAAAAGUUCUCAUUUUUAAAUAUCAAUUGUUCAUAUUUAAAUUAAUUUGUUUUGUUUAAAACAAAAUAUGAUGUUUUUAUUUUUAAUCAAUUGUAAUAUAUAAGAAUGGUGUAGAGAUAAGUCUUCUUUUUCCUUUUUUUCUUUUUCAUAACAAAUUUUAGAGAAGCAAAUGUUUCCAUAAUUCAUUACUGUGCAUUGUUUGUACAAAAUAUCAACGUCCCUUAACAGAAAAUUGUAAUUCAAAAAAUACAAAAAUAACAUGAACAUCGAUAUUUUUAUUUUGCACAAUUACUCGUUUACGCAUUUGUAUUUUUCAAAAGUAUAUAUUGAAAAAUAAGUUAUAAAUACAUUUAUGUGGGUUUUCUUUAUUAUCUUGAUAAAUAUAGUGUCAAGAAUACUAGAAGUUUUUUGUAUUUAUUAUGGAAACCAUGUAUUGCUUUUCAAUUUCUUGACCUCUUGCUAUACCAACGAGGAAUCUUGUUUUAUCCAUUUUUUUAAUAUUACCAAGUUUUCUGAAUAAAGUGAAUGAUAUUUCUAGUUCUAUUUUGGCCAAAUUUGAUUUUUGC